UGCGAAUGUCCCAGUCCAUGCGCCUCAGUCAGAGAAUAAGCUGGCUGAGUGAAGGGGGGAGAAAGAGAGUUUGUGACUGAGGGAAUAAUUGUUUCUGCACAAGGGAGCACUCAAUAAAGAGUCUGACAGAGAGGACAGUCAUGGAAAUCCACAAACCAGAGAUUCACCUGUAAACAACAAAAGACGCUCUCCCCCCUCAGAGAGGCCUCCCUUUGGCGCUCAUCUAAGUACACACCACAGCAUCUCUACUGAUGACCAGGACAGCCCAGAGCGAAUUGUACAAAAGGAAAAACUCCAUGCAGAACUAAAACAGGUUUUGAGUCAGAAGAGAAGUCAGCUUAGAGACACCCAAUCCACCCUCACAGACAUGGAGGAACCCCCCAAGACAGACAGUAAGAAUGUGGUGGAGAAGGAAACCCAUUUGUCAGAGCUUGUGGAAGUGGUUGUUGAAACACAGGCUGAGGUUGGAGCUAGUGGGUACAGUGUUGUGGGUGGAGGGGAGCAAGGCAUCUUCAUCAAAGAAGUUUUGAAAGACUCCCCAGCAGCAAAGCACCUUAGUCUACAGAAAGGAGAUCAACUUCUAAGUGCCAGGGUGUAUUUUGAUAACGUGAAAUAUGAGGACGCAUUAAAAAUUCUUCAGUGUGCAGAACCCUACAAAGUGUCCUUCUUUUUGAAGAGGACUGUGCAAGGAAGUGAAGUCAGCAUACGUCCAGGUGCACAAAAUCUUGAGCCCAGAGGACCUAAGGCCAAGAUGCAAAAAAUGAGCGUCAAAAGCGUGAAACCGUUCAAAACCAAGAAAAUGAGAGGAGGAAGAUUUGGAUUGCAAAGACUGAAAGAGAACAAAAAAGCAAGAGCACGGACAGAGCUGGAUGUUGAGGUCUUACCUGGUAAAUCGGACCUCAGUCCUGUUGAUGUUGAGUUUGUAUUCCCGAAGUUCAAGAUGAGGAAAGGUGGGAAGGCCACAGCAGAUGGAUCAGGACAUCUGGAGGGCGUUAUCACUAACACUAAGAAGAAGAGGAAGAUCAGAUUUCCAAAGAUGAAGGCCAUGGAUUCUUCUGUGGGUGAAGGGAAUGUCAAUGUAGAUGUUUUAGCACAUGAGGGAGAGGCCUCUAGAGCAAAGCUGAAGGACAAGACGAAAGGUCCAAAAUUUGGAAUGAAUUUACCUAAAAUUAAAAAGUCAAAGUUAGAUGUACAAUCUUCAAAUGAUAGUUUUGAGGUGAAAGAACUUGAAGGCAAAUUUAAGCCGCCAUCAGUAGAGUGUGAUUUCAACAUUCCUCAGAGCAAAGCUGAAACUAAUGUUCCUAAUCUUGAGGUUCGUGCUAAAGGAAAAGGAGAGUGUCCUGAGAUAAAAAUGCCAAAGAUAAAUCCGGAUGUCUCAGAUACAAAGGGGACAGUCACAAAGUUUAAACUACCAAAGGCAAGACUUUCUUGUCAUUCAGAUGAAAUUGAUGGAGAGGCAAGGAAAGAAACUGAUACAUCUGAAAAUAAACUGAAAAUGCUCAAGAUUGACAUCAAAGCACCAAAGGUGGAUUUAGACUUACAUCUCCCAAAGUCUAAGGGCACGGCUGAAUUUAAAGAUGCUGAAGUUCCUGAUUGCAAUGUAAGAGGAACAAAAAUCAACACAGCCAAGCCUGACACAUCAUUACCAGUGCUAAACCUUCAUGCAAAACAAAAAUUUGGAGAUGACAUUGAUGGAUCCAUGGUCAAAGAGCAUAAGAUUUCCCUCCCCAAACCUGACAUUGCAGUGCCCAAGAUAGAAACAUCAGGUCUUCCUACAUUAGAUGUGUCAUUACCAAAGCCGACUGCAGGAAACAUUGAUACUGAGGGACAUGCAAGUACUGAGGUAAAAUAUGAAAUAACAAAAUUAGACAUCUCUCUUCCAAAAAUAACAUCCCCUGAGGGUGAAGUCGUAGUUGAAGAACCUGGAGCAAAAGGUGGAACAUUUCACAAGCCAAAUAUCAGCAUUUCGUUACCAAAAGGUAAAGGUGAAGCAAAGGUGGAUAGUCAUUCUGAGAAAGAACCAAAUGUGAAAAUGCCACAAAUAGAUAUUUUCCUCCCCAAAAUGAAAUUACCACAAGGUAAAAUUGAUAUAGAAGGGUCUGAGGUUGACAUUUCCUUGCCGAAAGGAAUGCUAGAGGCAGGUGCAGAUGUUGAGGGCCACUUUGGAAAAGGGGAAAAGAUUAAAAUGCCUAAAGUAGAUGUCUCCCUACCUAAUGUGAAAUCACCUGAGCAUGCCAUUGCUGAGGGGCCUGAUAUAAAAGCAGGAAAACUGAGUAUGCCAUCAACUGAAAUUUCAAUUCCUAAAGGCAAAACUGAGGGAAAUAUUAAGAUUGGAGAACCAUCUGGGAAAGGAGGCAAAUCUAAAAAGCCACAUCUAGAUGUCUUGAUGCCAAAAAUGAAAUUAUCCACAGGUGCAAUCAAUACUGAGGAUCCAGAGGUCAAAGGUGAGAAAUUCCAAAUGCCACCCACUGAUAUAUUAUUAUCAAAAGGAAAAAUAGAGGCCAGUGUUGAGGUCGAGGGUCAUUCUGGAAAAGCAAACAUGCCCAAAAUUAAUCUAAAUAUGUCACUGCCAGAAAGUAAACUCGAUUCUUUGAGUCCUGAUGUAGGAAAAUUUAGCAUCCCCGGAGCUGAUAUUUCAUUACCAAAAGGAAAAACAGAUGAACAGAUUCAUCUUGAGGUUGAGAAGAGAGAUAAGUUUCAGAUUCCUGAAUCUGAUACAAGUCUUCCUAAAUUCAAAUCAAGAGAAGUUGAUUUUGAUGUUAAAAGAACCAAUAGGAAGUUUCACAUGCCAGCAACUGAUAUUUCCUUGCCACAUAAAAAAGACGAAAGAGAUGUUAAUGUGGAACCCUCUGAUAAAUGUGGAAAGAUUGAAAUGCCAAAGGUUGAUAUCUCUCUGCCUGCAGUGAAAGCUUCUGGUAUUGAGAUUUCCUUGCCAAAAAUGAAGUCACCACAAGGUGACAUCAGUAUUGAAGGGCCUGACAGCAAAAGUUUCAACAUGCCAUCCGUUGAUAUAUCAUUUCCAAAAGUAACUGACACAGGUGAUGUUGAUCUCAAAGGACAUUCAGGAAAAAUAGGAAAGUUUGAUAUUCCAAAACUGGAUAUUUCCUUACCAAAAUUUGAAUCAACCAAAGGGGAACUCAGUGUGGAAGGACCUGGAUUCAAAGGUGGUGAGUUAAAUAUACCUUCUUAUAAUAUCUCCGCAGCAGAGGUUAAAACAGAGCAUGAUGUUUGUCUGGAGGGAAAAACCAAAAAGGGCACAAAAUUUCAAAUGCCAAAAUUUAACAUUAAUUUACCACAAAUAAAAUCAGCAGGGACUGAAAUGAAUAUUGAUGGACCUGAAUUGAAGGGUGGGAAGAUAGAUAUCCCAGAUGCUGACAUUUCUCUUCCACAAGGAAAGGUAAAGGGAGAUGGCAAAGUCAAUGUCAGUAAAGGGGGCAAGUUUCAUUUGCCUCAUGUUGAUUUGUCACUUCCAAAAAUAAAAAAAAGAUCUGUGGAAGUCAUUGUAGAUGGACCUGAUGUAAAAGGAAGCAAAGUUCACACACCUUCCCUUGACAUUUCUUUGCCUAAAGAUGAAACUGAGAAGAACACUGAUAUAGAAGGUCAUUCUGGAACAGGUAAAACGUUUGAAAUGCCAAAAAGCGAUGUAUCACUUCCAAAAGUAAAAGCUACAGAAGGAGGAAUUGGAGCUGAAGCUCCUCAGAUCCAAGGAGGAAAGUUAGAUAUGCCAUCAAUUGAAAUGUCCUUUCCAAAAGGGAAGGUGACAGGAAACAUUGACCUUGAUGGCAAAAAAACAAAUUUGCCUAAAUUUGUUAUUAGCUCACCUAAGACUAAAUCUUCAGAUGAAGAAAUCAAUAUUGAUAUAAAGGAUGGAAAGAUUAACAUGCCCUCUAUAGAUACCUCUCUGCCAGGGGGAGGAGCAGCAGGAGAUGUAAAUGUUGAAGGACAUGCAGGAAAAAGAAAAAAAUUUGAGAUGCCUAAAUUUCAUGUUUCUUUGCCUAAAUUAAAACCAUCACGAGGUGAAAUCAACAUUGAAGGUCCGGAUAUCAAGGGUGGAAAGAUUAACAUGCCCUCUAUAGAUACAUCUCUGUCAGGAGGAGCAGGAGGAGCAGGAGGAGAUGUAAAUGUUGAAGGACAUGCAGGAAAAGGAAGAAAAUUUGAAAUGCCAACCUUUGAUGUUUCCUUGCCUAAAUUAAAACCAUCAGGAGGUGAAAUUAAUGUUGAAGGUCCUGAUAUCAAAGGUGGAAAGAUUCACAUGCCCUCUAUAGAUAUCUCUCUGCCAAGUGGAGGAGCAGGAGUAGAUCUAGAUGUUGAAGGACAUGGAAGAAAAGGAAGAAAAUUUGGGAUGCCUAAAUUAGAUGUUUCUUUGCCUAAAUUAAAACCAUCAGGAGGUGACAUCAAUGUUGAAGUUCCCGAUAUCAAGGGAGGAAAUAUUCACAUGCCCUCUAUAGAUAUCUCUCUGCCUGGAGGAGGCGCAGGAGGAGAUGUAGAUGCUGAAGGACAUGCAGAAAAAGGGGGAAAAAAUGAAAUGCCUAAAUUUGAUGUUUCUUUGGCUAAAUUAAAACCAUCAGGAGGUGAAAUCAACAUUGAAAGUCACCAUAUCAAGGGUGGAAAGAUUAACAUGCCCUCUAUAGAUACAUCUCUGCCAGGAGGAGGAGCAGGAGGAGAUGUAGAUGUUGAAGGACAUGAAGGAAAGGGAAAAAAAUUUGAGAUGCCUAAAUUUCAUGUUUCUUUGCCUAAAUUAAAACCAUCAGGAGGUGAAAUCAAUGUUGAAGGUCCUGAUAUCAAGGGUGGAAAGAUUCACAUGCCCUCUAUAGAUACAUCUCUGCCAGGAGGAGCAGGAGGAGAUGUAAAUGUUGAAGGACAUGCAGGAAAAGGAAAAAAAAUUGAGAUGCCUAAAUGUCAUGUUUCUUUGCCUAAAUUAAAAACAUCAGGAGGUGAAAUCAACAUUGAAGGUCCUGAUAUCAAGGGUGGAAAGAUUAACAUGCCCUCUAUAGAUACAUCUCUGUCAGGAGGAGGAGCAGGAGGAGAUGUAGAUGUUGAAGGACAUGCAGGAAAAGGAGGAAAAUUUGAAAUGCCAACAUUUGAUGUUUCUUUGCCUAAAUUAAAACCAUCAGGAGGUGAAAUCAACAUUGAAGGUCCCCAUAUCAAGGGUGGAAAGAUUAACAUGCCCUUUAUAGAUACAUCUCUGUCAGGAGGAGCAGGAGGAGAUGUAAAUGUUGAAGGACAUGCAGGAAAAGGAGGAAAAUUUGAAAUGCAAACAUUUGAUGUUUCCUUGCCUAAAUUAAAACCAUCAGGAAGUGAAAUCAACAUUGAAGGCCCCGAAAUCAAGGGUGGAAAGAUUCACAUGCCCUCUAUAGAUAUCUCUCUGCCUGGAGGAGGUGCAGGAGGAGCUGUAGAUGUUGAAGGACAUGGAAGAAAAGGAAGAAAAUUUGAGAUGCCUAAAUGUGAUGUUUCCUUGCCUAAAUUAAAAUCAUCAGGAGGUAAAAUCAACGUUGAAGGUCCCGAAAUCAAGGGUGGAAAGAUUCACAUGCCCUCUAUAGACACAUCUCUGCCAGGAGGAGGAGCAGGAGGAGAAGUAAAUGUUAAAGGACAUGCGGGAAAAGGAAGAAAAUUUGAAAUGCCAAAAUUUGAUGUUUCUUUGCCUAAAUUAAAACCAUCAGGAGGUGAAAUCAACAGUGAAGAUCCUGAUAUCAAAGGUGGAAAGAUUCACAUGCCCUCUAUAGAUAUCUCUCUGCCUGCAGGAGGUGCAGGGGGAGAUGUAAAUGCUGAAGGACAUGCAGGAAUAGGAAAAAAAAUUGAAAUGCCUAAAUGUGAUGUUUCCUUGCCUAAAUUAAAAUCAUCAGGAGGUAAAAUCAACAUUGAAGGUCCCGAAAUCAAGGGUGGAAAGAUUCACAUGCCCUCUAUAGAUACAUCUCUGCCAGGAGGAGGAGCAGGAGGAGAUGUAAAUGUUGAAGCACACUCAGGAAAAGGAAGAAAAUUUCAGAUGCCUAAAUUAGAUGUUUCUUUGCCUAAAUUAAAACCAUCAGGAGGUGAAAUCCAUGUUGAAUGUCCCGAUAUCAAGGGUGGAAAGAUUAACAUGCCCUCUAUAGAUAUCUCUCUGCCUGGAGGAGGCACAGGAGGUGAUGUAGAUGUUGAAGGACAUGAAAGAAAAGGAAAAAAAUUUGAGAUGCCUAAAUUAAAACCUUCAGGAGGUGAAAUCGAUGUUGAAGGCCCUGAUAUCAAGGGUGGAAAGUUUCACAUGCCUUCUAUAGAUAUCUCUCUGCAAGGAGGAGAAGCAGGAGGAGAUGUAGAUAUUGAAAGACAUGCAGGAAAAGGAAAAAAAAUUGAAAUGCCUAAAUUGGAUGUUUCCUUGCCUAAAUUAAAACCAUCAGGAGGUGAACUAAAUGUUGAAGGUCCCCAUAUCAAGGGUGGAAAGUUUCACAUGCCCUCUAUAGAUAUCUCUCUGCCAGGUGGAGGAGCAGGAGGAGAUGUAGAUGUUGAAGGACAUACAAGAGAAGGAAGAAAAUUUGAAAUGCCUACAUUUGAUGUUUCUUUGCCUAAAUUAAAACCAUCAGGAGGUGAAAUCAACAUUGAAGGUCCUGAUAUCAAGGGUGGAAAUAUUCACAUGCCCUCUAUAGAUAUCUCUAUGCCAGUAGGAGGAGCAGGAGGAGAUGUAGAUGUUGAAGGACAUACAAGAAGAGGAAGAAAAAUUGAAAUGCCUAAAUUGGAUGUUUCCUUGCCUAAAUUAAAACCAUCAGAAGGUGAAAUAAAUGUUGAAGGUCCCGAUAUCAAGGGUGGAAAGUUUCACAUGCCCUCUAUAGAUACAUCUCUGCCAGGAGCCAAAGAAGGAGAGCUUGAUCUGGGUGAUGACACUAAAAAAGGCUUAAGAUUUCAGAUGCCCACUGUCCCUAUGCCUAAAAUGAAACUAACAGAUCAUGAACUAAAAGUUGGGUCAGAUAAGAAAGACAUAGACAUUUCAGUACCUAAACUAACUCAUGAUUCUGAUGGAGAAACCAAAACUACUGACAAAAUUAGAGAUUUAAAUGUCCCUGAAGUAACUUUAGGUGGGAACAUCAAGCUGCCAAGUGUGAAAAUACCAACUGUUGACAUAUCUGCUCCUAAAGUUGACCUGGACUUUACUCUUUCAAAGGGAAAGGGCAAUGACAGAGAAAACAUUGAACUUCUUAAGGCAGAGGGUGGAAGGCCAUCACCUGGGGCAAGUUUUGAUGUUCCAGAUGUCUCGAAGAAAAUGCCCAAAAUAUCACUUCCUAAAUUUGGCAGAAAAUUGAAAAGUGGAGACAAACAACUAGACAGUCCUGACUUACCUCUAGAUUUGGACUUGGAAAGAACGUCACCAUCAGUGGAAACAUCUAAAAAGGAUACUGAAAUAAUUGGUACUGAUGCUGAAAUGAAGAUAAAAGCAGGUGCUGGAGAAAUUACAAAACCAGAAAUCAGAGUAGAGGGUCCUGAUGUUAAGGUCAAAUCCAAGCUCAAAUUCCCCAAAUUCAAGACACCUACUCCUAAAGCAAAGCUCAAAGAUGUUGAAAUGGGUAUGCCUGGAUAUGUGGAUAACAAAGGAAAGGUCAGAAUGCCAGCAGUUGAGAUAUCACUGCCAACAGCAAAUAUUCCAGAAUGUGAGGUAUUGCUUCCUAAAACUGAGGUUGAUGUAUCUGAAGCAGAUAUCAGAGGUUAUGAGGGCAGUUUAAAAAUUCCUAAGAUGCCAACAAUUGACAUAUCAGUUCCAAAAGCUGAUUUGGAUGUUUCCUUGCCUAGGUUAAAACUUCAUGAACCAGUAGACUCUUUUGACUUACACAUUAAUAGUAGUAGAGGUACGGUAAAUUUUCCCCAUGUCAAGAUACCUGAAGUAGACAUUUCACUUCCUCAUGGAAAAACAGGUGACACAGAUAACAACGAGCUGGAAAUAUCACUACCAGAUGCAAAACAUGACACAUCUAAUGCUGACACUGAAAUUAAAGGUAAAAAGCUAAAAAUUUCAGUGCCCAGUCUUGAUAUAUCAUUGCCUCAUGGAAAAACAACGCAAAAUGAUGAUCCAGAUUUAGAAUUUGGAUUGAAAGGGAGUAAAUUAAAAAUGCCAGACAUUACGGUGCCUAAGAUUGAUGUAUCUCUACCUCACAGAAGCAAAGAAGAAAGUCAUGCACCUGAUUUAGCACUAGAAGGUGGAAAAUUAAAGAUGCCAACAACUGAUAUGUCCCUUCCUAAAAUAAAAUCUAAAGACGUUGUUCCAGAACUUCAACCAGAUGUAGGAAAAGGUAAAGUCAUGAUCCCUGGAAUUAAACUACCAACAAUAGAUGUCUCAUUUCCUCAUGGUAAAACAGAGGACACUGAUGAUCUUGAACUAGGAGUGUGUGGCAAAGAAGGGAAAUUUAAGGUUCCUGACACCAAAAUUCCAAAAGCAGAUGUAUCAUCUCAAGGUCAACCAGAGAGUGCAGAGAAAACAGAGGUUAGAGGACAAGGCAGCAACUUUCAAUUACCGAAAAUAACAAUACCCAAAGUAGAUAUAUCAUUACCAUAUGGCAAAUCAGAUGACCCUCAGACUUCAGGGUCUGUGGAAGUAGAAGGUGGGCAAAGUAAAAUGCCUGAUAUUAAGAUACCACAGGUAGCCAUAUCAUUACUAGAAAGUAGAACUGGAGAGUUUGAUACCAAAGAGGGAGAAUCUGGAGGAGGGCGUGGAAAAUUCACAAUGUCAAAUAUUAAAAUCCCAAAACUAGAUAUAAGAAUGUCUAGUGAUGCAGACAUGUCAGAUCCUUCCACUGAUGCAAGCCUUAAGGAUUCACAUAAAGAGGGUAAAAAGUUGAGGAUGCCUAAUUUGGAUCUAGAGCUAGAUCUUGGCUUUUCAAGAGACAGAAAAAAGAAUAAAAAGAAAAAUGAACAUUCAGAUACCGAUUUGGAACUUGCCGCACCGAAAGAAAAAAUAAAAGGCCCAAAAGUUAAAGGUUCGAAAUUUAAUAUUGGAAUGCCAAAAGUAAAAGUAUCCAGGUUAGAAACCAACAUAAACAAGUCUGGAAAAACAGAUGCUAAAUUUCUAAAAGGAGGAACUGAUGCAAACUUGCAAGCUGAUUUACAAGCACCAAAGAUUCCUGAACUUGAUUUUGAUAUUGAGACUGCCCGAUCUGACACUAAUAAUUCUGAAGAAGAUAAAAAGCAGAUUGGUAAAGUCAAAAUUCCAAAAUUUGGUGUACCUCUGCCUUCUUUAAGUUCACCUGAAGCCAACAUCAAAUCAUCUCAGGGAAAAGAUCACUCUAUAAACAUAGACUCUGAGGCAGAGAAUGAAAGCCCACAUGUGCCAAGAGUAAAAAAAGCUGUAUUUGUUAUGGUGAAUCCACAAAUGGAGAACACUGCUAGUAUAGAUGGUGAAGCAAGUGCAGAAAUUGUAGAUGAGAAGCUCAAGCAGCCAAAGAUCAAAAUGAAGCCAAGUUUUGGCAAGUCUCGAUCAAAUGAAAAGGAGAAAGCAAUAUAUUGUGAAGAUGAGGUGGAAACUGAGGGAAAGUCAAAAACUGGUAAGCUUAAAUUGCCAAAAGUGACAUUUUCGUCUGGGCAGAGAGGAUCAUCUGAUGUAACACCAAGUGGGUCUGAUGAUGGAACAGGCCUAAGUCUAAAUGGUGGCAAAGAUGAAAAAUCAAUGUUUGGAAAGCUUAAAUUGCCUAAAGUGGAGUUUUUCUCACCAUACUCAAAAGAUGCAAGUGAGGAAGAGGAAAUGGAAACAAGCCUGAAACUCAGGAAGGAGCCCUCAGGAGAAAGCAAAGAGAGCAAGGUGGAGGUGAGAAAGAUUAGCACUAUAGUAUCUUCGAAAGCAAGAACUGAAAUGUUGGCGGAAAGGGAGGGAUCAGAGUCUCCAGUACCCACAGUAUCAGCUGGAUUUGUCUCUGUUACGAAGAGUGAAGAAAGAGAGGAGACAACAUGGUUCAAAGUACCCAAGGUCACCCUUAGUCCCCAUUCUACUGGCAUCCUUAAUAUCUCACCAGAAAGCUCUCCGAAAGGAAGCAAGUCCUCCCUUCCUUGCACUAGCGAGGAAGCCUCAGGAGGUUUCUAUGUGAAGAUGCCAAGUGUAGAGUUUUUGACCCGUGAAAUGCCCUCAGAGCAUCUGAUUACUAAAACAGAGGGAACUCUUACUGUAGUGACUAAGACAACAAAGUAUACAGAAAGAAAAAGUACCAGUUCGAAAGAGUAAGAAUCUCAGUUACAGAACUGUGACAUACAAUCGGUAGUGGCAUAAUAAUUAGACCGAAAUAUUCGUAUAUGUGACCAUUAUUUCAGUCUUGGAGGUUUUAUUCUAUUUAAAAUAAAGAAAGCAAAAAUAUUUUCUCCAGCUUUUGCAAAAAAAACAUAACUUAUACAUAAUGAAAAUGUAGAGAAUAUUAUUUAUUGUAGACCUUAUUUUCAUGUUUUGUAACUUGCCACUCUGUAUAAACACAAUAUAGGCACAAAUCUGUGUAACAUAUAUAGAUGCAAAGAUAUUUAAAAACUUUUCUUGUGCAGUCUUGAAUGACAUUUAUGCUGUAGAAUUUUACAGCAUUUUGGUAAUAUUGCUAUGCCUUUUCGAUGCCUGGUUUGUCUCUGUAGUUUUUGGUUGUUGUUAUGGAAUUGUGUUUAUUUUAAAUACUAUUAGAAAUACAUGUACUAUUUUUACAUAUUUAUAUGCAUGAUCUGUACAGAUAAGACACUAAAAAGAAAGCCUGUAAUGUUGAGUAUUUUUGUGAUACAUAUUUUUGUCACUUUUAAGAUAAAUUAAACAAUAUCAAGUUUUUUUUUUCAUUCACAUUGUGACAUGCUGUACCAGAUAGCACUUCUCUGUUCAUGAGAAAGGCUCUGAAUUUUUCUGAAUUGAAAACACUGAGUGUUUCGUUUUUCUUUUCUUUUUUAAAUUGCAUUGGUGAUGGAAUUAGUCUACAUGCAAGCAAUGCUGUUGUAUAUGUAUCAUAUUUUAGGCAGGUUUAAGUACUGAACUGCAUGUUUGUAUGUGCUGCUUUUUUGAAACACUCAUUUAGAUGAUGCUCCAUCUCCAUCUAAUGCAAAAAUAGAACAGUCAAAUAAAAUAUUAACAUUCUAA